AGAAAGAAAAGGUAACAGGUAAGAAGUAACAAGAGACGCAUGUAUGUAUGGGUGAGUCAGUCAUAUACAAACAAUAAUAAUUUCCAUUGGCAGAAAUCUGCGUACCCUCCAACAACAACAAUAACAACAAUACAUCACCCAUUUACCAACGCCCUCCUUCUUCGUUCACACAUACCCACACACAAAACUAAGCGCACUCUCUCUCUCUCUCUCUCUUAUUAAGUCUUGUCUAAAUUAGCAAUAUAGGUGAGAUGAUACAUAUAUGUAGAGUGGAGGAAAGUAUUUAAAUAAUAAUUUCGGGUGUGUAUGUAAGGGGAAUAAGGAGAUAGAUAGCAAGGAGGAGACUUGUUGUAAUUGUAACUCAAGAGAAAAGGAGGAGGUGCUAAUAAGAGGCGCUUUAUCAAAUUUUGCAUCUAUCUGAUACAAGAAGAGAAGCAAGAAGGAGGAAUUCAAGUAUAUUGAUGGCAGUUCAAGCUCAGUAUCCCUCAAAUAUUCUCUUUCUAAACAGAAACAACGGGCAAGAAGGACAGCAGGCAGCAGGACUAGUCCUUGAUCAACCAAUCUUAUACAACAACAAUAAUGGAAGUGCUAAUUCUCGGAAGAGAACAAGAGAGGCCACAGUUCACAGCAACAGCAAUGUUGUCAUGAACAAUAAUAAUAAUCAUAAUCCAUUGAUACCUUUCGAAUCCCAACCUCCACAACUCAUACACCUUUCUCAGCUGCACAAUAAUGUGGUCUCAACAGGCCUACGCUUAUCCAACUCUACCAUCGACCAACAACAACUUCUUCAUGGAUCUCAAUCUUCAUCUUCAUCUUCUCUCUUAUCUCUGUUCUCACAAGGCUUUGCUUCCCAAAUCAAACAACAAAGGGACGAAAUUGAACAAUUCCUCCAAGCUCAGGGGGAGGAGUUGCGGCGGGCAUUGGCAGAGAAAAGGCAGAGGCAUUACCGCGCGCUGCUGACCGCCGCGGAGGAGGUGGUGGCACGGCGGCUCAGGGAGAAGGAGGCGGAGGUUGAGAAGGCCACACGGCGCGGCGGCGCGUCCAAAGUGCCGGGGAUGCGGGCGGCGCGUGGCUUCAGUUGUGGUUCUGCCGUGUCGGCACUUAUGCAUCUGUACGGAAUGCGAGGCGCACUUCCGCGCGUGCCCCGUUUGCCUUACACUCAAGAAUUCAACCGUUGA